UUGUCUCGCUUUUCUCUUCUUUCCCAUUUGCCUGGCCUCAGCCUUGCCCAGGACACGCUGGUGCUGCCGCCAUGCACGCCGCCAUGGGCCGCCUGCUGCUCCUGGUCCUGCUGCUUCCUCUGCCCUGCAUCCCCGGCCUGCCUUUCUACAACGGCUUCUACUACUCCAACAGUGCCCACGGCUGGGACCCGGGCCUCGGCGGAGGCCUCUUCAACGGCGUGAAGCUGGUGGUGGAGACGCCCGAGGACACCCUGCUGUCCCACCGGGGGGCCAACGUGACCCUGCCCUGCCGGUACCACUACGAGCCGGCCCUGGCCUCCCACAGGCCCGUGCGCAUCAAGUGGUGGAAGCUGUCGGAGCACGGGGCCCCGGAGCAGGACGUGCUGGUGGCCGUCGGGCCGAGGCACCGCUCCUUCGGGGACUACCGGGGCCGCGUGCACCUGCGGCCGGCGGGGGAGCGGGACGUGUCGCUGGAGAUCCGGGACCUGCGGCUGGAGGACUCCGGGCGCUACCGCUGUGAGGUCAUCGACGGGCUGGAGGACCAGAGCGGCGUGGUGGAGCUGGAGCUGCGGGGUGUGGUGUUUCCCUACCAGCCCCCCCAGGGGCGCUACCAGCUCAACUUCCAGGAGGCGCAGCAGGCCUGCGAGGCCCAGGAGGCGGCGGUGGCCUCCUUCGAGCAGCUGUUCCGGGCCUGGGAGGAGGGCCUGCACUGGUGCAAUGCGGGCUGGCUGCAGGACGCCUCGGUGCAGUACCCCAUCACGCUGGCCCGGGGGCCCUGUGGUGGCCUGGGCCUGGCGCCCGGCGUGCGCAGCUAUGGGCCCCGCCACCGCCGCUUGCACCGCUAUGACGUGUUUUGCUUCGCCGCUGCCCUCAGGGGGCGGGUGUACUACCUGGAGCACCCCGAGAAGCUGACACUCUCAGAGGCCAAGGCGGCCUGCCGGGAAGACGGCGCCCAGAUUGCCAAGGUGGGCCAGCUCUUUGCCGCCUGGAAGUUCCGCGGCCUGGACCGCUGCGAUGCCGGCUGGCUGGCAGACGGCAGCGCCCGCUACCCCGUGGCUCACCCACGCCCCACCUGCGGGCCCCUGGAGCCCGGGGUCCGAAGCUUCGGCUUCCCAGACCCGCAGAGCCGCAAGUAUGGUGUGUACUGUUACCGUCCUCCUCGCUAGAGCCGGCCACAGCACUGUGCCUGCCUGGCCCUUCCCCCCACCCCCCUCACGGCUGUAUUUACUAAGUGGAUCAUGUUCCCUAUUGUUUUUAUACUUCUCAACUUAAAUAAAAAAAUAUAUAUAUUUUUA